AUGGCAAUGGGGAUCAUGGUCAUGAGCAUGCUAUGGUCACUUGUUGCUGCCCUGAUGAUCGCCACGGUGAGGGCUGGCGACAAGGCCGCGUUGCUUGCUUUCAGAGCACAGCUCAGCGAUGGCAGCUCUCCUACGCUGGCCUCCUGGAACAACAGCGCCCACUUCUGCAGCUGGGAGGGCGUGACAUGCAGCCACCGGAGGCCAGCACGGGUGGUGGAGGUGAGAUUGAACAGCACCGGGCUCACCGGAGAGCUCUCCCCAGCCAUCGGGAACCUCACAUUCCUGCGGACGCUGGACCUGAGCUUCAACUGGCUGAAGGGGGAGAUCCCUGAGAGCCUCGGGCGCCUCCACCGCCUGCAGAGGCUCUACUUGAACGACAACGCGUUCUCAGGCAUGUUCCCUGCAAACCUGAGCUCAUGUGUCAACAUGAUCAUAAUGGGAGUGCACAAUAACAAGCUUGGCGGGCACAUCCCGGGUGAGCUCGGAGAAAAGCUCUUGUCCCUGGCAGCAAUCUCCCUAAGUAACAACAGCUUCAUAGGGCCCAUCCCAGCAUCACUCGCCAAUCUGUCCAAUCUACAAAACCUCGAUCUCUCCUACAACCAGCUUGUGGGCUCAAUCCCACCAGGGCUCGGCCACAUACACAGCAUGUGGCGAUUUAGUAUCUUCGGAAACAAUCUCUCUGGUAUGAUUCCACCUUCUUUCUACAACUGGUCAUCCCUGGAAUUUUUUGAGGUUGGGGUAAAUAUGCUGUACGGAAGCAUUCCUGAUGAUAUCGGCAACAAGUUCUCCAAGAUAAAAGUUCUUGGCUUGGGUGAGAACCACUUCACGGGACCAAUCCCUUCCUCAAUAUCAAAUCUAUCAUACCUCACAAAUCUUAGGCUCAGCAACAAUAGAUUCAGUGGGUAUGUGCCUCCCACUUUGGGGAGGCUGGGAUCUCUCCAAAAACUGGACUUGGAUGGAAAUAAGCUUGAAGUAAAUAACAGCGAGGGGUGGGAAUUCAUCUCUUCUUUGGCGAACUGCAGCCAACUAGAGCGUUUGUCACUCGGAGGCGACUCAUUUGGAGGACAACUGCCUGGUUCGAUUGUGAAUCUCUCAACAACUCUCCAAAAGUUCUACUUAAUGGACAGUGGGGUCUCUGGGGGUAUUCCUGCAGACAUAGGUAAUUUGGUUGGUCUCAACUUGCUUGCCAUAGUAAAUACUUCCAUAUCUGGAGAGAUUCCAGAGAGUGUUGGUAAGCUAGAAAACUUGAUUGAGCUAGGCUUGUACAGCAAUAGCUUGUCUGGCCUCAUUCCGCAGUCAUUAGGAAAUCUUUCGCGGUUGAAUAGGCUUUAUGCAUACUAUGGCAACUUGGAGGGGCCAAUUCCAGCAAGCCUAGGGAAGUUGAAAAACCUAUUUGUACUUGAUUUGUCAACGAACUACCAACUUAAUGGUUCAAUACCCAGGGAAAUUUUCAAAUUGCCUGGACUCUCUUGGUACUUGGACUUGUCGUACAAUUCCCUUUCUGGAACCCUUCCUUAUGAAGUUGGUAGCUUGGCAAACCUGAACCAACUGAUUCUAUCAGGAAAUCAGUUGUCUGGCAAGAUACCGGACAGUAUUCAAAACUGCAUAGUGUUGGAAUGGCUUUUGUUAGACAAUAACUCAUUUGAGGGAAGUAUACCUCGACUGCUGAAGAAUAUAAAGGGACUCGUUAAACUAAACCUGACAAUGAAUAAGUUCUCUGGUGACAUUCCUGAUGCCCUUGGUGAUAUUGGAAACCUGCAGGAGUUGUACCUAGCACACAACAACUUGACAGGUUUAAUCCCGGCAGUUUUACAGAAUUUGACAGCAUUGUCCAAAUUGGAUGUAUCCUUCAAUAAUUUGCAAGGCGAGGUGCCACAUGGAGGUGUUUUCAGAAAUAUCACUUAUAUAGCAGUUGCUGGGAAUAUCAACUUGUGCGGUGGCACACCUCAGAUUCACUUGGCUCCAUGCUCUAUAAGCAGCCUCUUAAGCAAGAAGAGAAAGAAGAUGACAAAGCCUCUUGUAAUUUCUCUAGCAACAGCUGGAGCAAUCUUGUUGUCGCUUUCACUUAUUCUUGUUGUUUGGAUACUUCGCCAGAAGCUCAAAAGAAGGCAGAAGGGAAUAGUGCAAUCUAUAAAUGCUGGGGAGCAAUAUGAAAGAAUCUCGUACCAAGCAUUAUUUACAGGGACUAAUGGGUUUUCAGAAGCUAACUUGCUUGGAAGAGGAAGUCAUGGUGCAGUUUACAAGUGUGAUUUGGACAGUGCAGAUCGGUUGUUGGCUGUCAAGGUAUUUAAUCCUUUGCAAUCCGGAUCUUCCAAGAGUUUUCAGGUUGAAUGUGAGGCCAUGAGAAGAAUACGACACCGUUGUCUCACAAAGAUCAUAACGUGUUGCUCAAGCGUCGACGACAAAGGUCAAGAAUUCAAGGCACUGGUUUUUGAAUUUAUGCCUAAUGGUAACUUGGAUGGUUGGCUCCAUCCAAGAUCUCAAGAGCCCACUAAAAACAACACUCUCAGCCUUGCCCAGAGGCUUGAUAUUGCUACCGAUAUCAUGGACGCAGUAGAAUAUCUGCACAACUACUGUCAACCACCAGUAAUACAUUGUGAUCUUAAGCCAAGCAACAUUCUUCUUACCGAAGACAUGAGUGCUCGAGUUGGAGACUUUGGCAUAUCAAGGAUCUUUCAAGAAAAUACAAGUAAAAGAAUGCAAGCUUCAUAUAGCUCAACCGUGAUUAGAGGUUCUAUAGGCUAUGUUGCUCCAGAGUAUGGAGAAGGCUCUAUGGUCUCAAGUCAUGGUGAUAUUUAUAGUCUUGGAAUAUUGCUGCUUGAGAUGUUUACCGGAAGAAGCCCAACAGACGACACAUUCAGGGAUUCACUGGAUCUGCACAAAUUUGCCGAGGAUGCUCUUUCAAAGAGAACCUUGGAGAUAGCUGACCCAACAAUCUGGCUGCAUAGAGAACCAAAGGGUAAGAUUGCAAACAGUAGAAUCCAUGAGUGCUUGAUUUCUGUAUUCAGGCUCAGCAUAUCCUGCUCAAAGAAACAGCCUCUACAGCGGACGUUGAUAAGAGAUGCAGCUGUAGAGAUGCAUGCAAUUAGAGAUGCGUACCUCGUGUUUGAUUGUGAGUUUAUACAGAAACACAGGGAAACAGAGGAGCCUCUUCUCAAGACAUUGGAAUGUAUGAUCCUGCAACAGUAGAAGUUAUGUAUUAUGUCGUUUCAGUUAUCAUUUGUUAUCUGAGCUAAAAAAAUUGCAACAGUAUCAGAUAAAUGUAAAAUCCUAGUGUUCCACAGUAAUAGCACUAUAGCGAUAGAGUGUAUACAAGGAUUCUUAC